ACACAAAGUGUUAGUGCAUUAAAAAAAUUAGUUUUACACCAACAAAAAGUGUCGUUGCAAAUGUGCAAAAUGAGGUACAAAAGUUGGGGUAGAUACAAAAGUUGCCCACCCCCACAUCAAUCCAGCAAUUUCUGCAAAAUUUGCGGACUGGGCAAUUGUUCUAGCAAGACUGUAAUAAAGAGAGCAGAAUUCUGAGAAUCACCGCCGGAAUUUUCACUUUCAAGCUCUGUACAGUUACUUUGUUCUUCUUCAAUGGGAGCGAGUAGAAAACUCCAAGGUGAGAUCGAUCGGGUGUUGAAGAAGGUUCAAGAAGGAGUCGACCUCUUCGAUAGCAUUUGGAACAAGGUUUACGACACUGACAAUGCGAACCAGAAAGAAAAGUUUGAGGCAGAUUUGAAGAAGGAGAUAAAGAAACUGCAGAGGUACAGAGACCAAAUUAAAACAUGGAUGCAGUCCAGUGAAAUCAAGGACAAGAAGAUUAGUGCCUCUUAUGAGCAAGCCCUGAUGGAUGCUCGCAAGCAAAUUGAGCGUCAAAUGGAACGAUUUAAAAUAUGUGAGAAAGAAACAAAGACCAAAGCAUUUUCAAAAGAAGGCUUGGGCCAACAGCCAAAGACGGAUCCAAAGGAAAAGGCUAAAUCAGAGACAAGAGAUUGGUUGAAUAAUGUGGUCGGCGAGCUGGAAAAUCAAAUUGAUAUUUUUGAGGCAGAACUGGAAGGACUAACUGUUAAGAAAGGGAAAACAAGGCCCCCAAGAUUGGUUCAUUUGGAAGCAUCCAUUGUUCGACACAAGGCUCAUAUAAUGAAGUUAGAAUUGAUCUUGAGGUUACUGGAUAAUGAUGAGUUGAGCCCAGAGCAAGUCAAUGAUGUUAAAGAUUUUCUGGAUGACUAUGUGGAGCGCAAUCAGGAGGACUUUGAAGAUUUUGAUGAUGUUGAUGAGCUUUAUAGCUCCCUACCAUUAGAUAAGGUGGACUCUCUUGAAGAACUAGUCAUUAUUGGGCCUCCCGCGCUUGUUAAGGGCCUUACUGCUGCUAGUGCCACAUCAAGCUUAAAAACUUCUAUGACUGCAUCACCUGGUCAAGUAUUGGGAACAAUAUCAUCUUCAGUCGAACAAGGUUGUUCUACUCAGGAGCAAGCAGAUGAAAUUGCAACUGAGAGUGCAUCUGACACGGUUCCACGGACCCCACCUCCUAAAACUAGUGUGGUCAGUUCUGCUCCAACAACACCUUUAGGCAGCCAUGCAACUCCCAGUACUGGUUCUGUCAUUACUUUGUCUCCUAGGAAUGUGUCUAAUGCCACAAAAGAUGAGGAGGUUGCGGGCUUCCCUGAUCGCAAAUCUUCCCCAGCAAUUUCUGAAACUGGAAUAAAAAAUGUUGGUAAAGGUGGCCUCCCUAGUCAGCCUGCGGUUAAUAUUUUGCUUGGCUCCAGUAGUUCAUUUUCUACCAAUGGUUCUUUGGGUGCUAAUCCUACUACUGAAGUAGCAAGGAGAAAUAUUUUGGGAACAGAUGAAAGGCUUGGGAGUGGUGGAGUGGGACCGCCUCUAGUUUCCCCCCUGGCUAACCGAAACAUCUUGACACAAAUGACUAAGUCUAAUGAUGGAAUGGGAAACAUGGUUUCUACUGAAAGUGGUACUGUUGGCGAGUCUAACAUUACGUCUGGUAGGGUUUUCUCUCCUUCCAUUAUACCCGGAAUGCAGUGGAGGUCCGGAAGUUCCUUUCAGAAUCAAAAUGAACUGGGGCAGUUCCGGGGAAGAACCGAAAUCGCUCCUGAUCAGAGAGAGAAAUUUUUGCAGCGAUUUCAUCAGGCGCAGCAACAAGGCCAGACUAACAUUCUCAGCAUGCCUACACUCAGCGGUGGAAAUCACAAGCAGUUCUCACAGCAACAAAAUCCAUCAUUAACACAGUUCACUUCUCAAAGCUCAUCUGCAUCACCUCAACAUGGAUUGGGAGCUAUGGCCCAAACAGUUUCUGUUAAUAGUACCCCUUCAUCAUCAUCAUCAUCAUCAUCAUCAUCAUCACAACAGCACCCUGGUGUGAUCCAUCAACCAUCUAACCAACACAAUUUGAUAUCGACAGCAUCUAGAGAAUCUGAAGUGAGUCACUCUAAAGCAGAAGAGUUGCACCAACAGCUUUUCGUUCCUGAAGAUUCUGUGGACUCUGGUCCGUCCCUUGGUCCUGGGAAGAUUGAGGAUGAUUUGAGGGCUUAUGUGUCAGAUGUAUCCAGUGUAGUUAGCAGCAAUUUGGGAGAGCAGUCACAACUGCAAAGGGAUUCCGAUUUCUCUCCUGGUCAACCAUUACAAUUGAGUCAACCACCAGGAAACCUUGGAGUCAUUGGCCGAAGAACGGUUUCAGAUCUUGGUAUAAUCGGUGAUAACUUGAGUUCUUCGCCUUCUAGUUCUGUAGGAAUGUAUGACCAGCUAUACAACUUGCAAAUGCUUGAGGCUGCUUUUCACAAGCUUCCUCAACCAAAAGAUUCUGAGCGUGUUAAAAGCUAUACUCCGAAACAUCCAGCGUUGACCCCUCCAAGCUACCCCCAAGUUCAGGCACCUAUUGUCAAUAACCCUGCCUUCUGGGAACGCCUUGGAGCUGAUAGCUUUGGCACUGACACCUUAUUUUUUGCCUUUUACUACCAACAGAAUACUUAUCAACAGUACCUUGCUGCUAAGGAGCUAAAGAGACAAGCUUGGAGAUACCACAGAAAGUACAACACCUGGUUUCAGAGGCAUGAAGAACCCAAAAUAGCUACCGAUGAUUAUGAACAGGGGACAUAUGUUUACUUUGAUUUCCAUCUAGGCAACGAUGAACAGCACGGAUGGUGCCAAAGGAUAAAGACAGAGUUUGCGUUCGAGUACAAUUACCUUGAAGAUGAUCUAAUGGUUUAGACUGUUUUUAUGGAGCUUAUGAUGAUUUCAUUCCUUGUUGGCUUCUGCGAUGCAGAAACUCCAUAAUCCUACCCAGGUCAUUUUGGAAGGGUCCCAAAUGUCAUUCAUUAGGUCAAUUAAUUAAUUAAAAACGAGUUAAAAUGUUUAGGUUUUAAAAUGUUUUUGAUGUUUGAAAUCAAUUUACUAUUUCAUGUGUGGAUUUAUUGUACUAUUGCAUUCUACCCAGGUCAUUUUGGAAGAGUCCCUUGUUUUUUAAAAUCAAAAUAGAAGUAUAAUGACAAUGUGGUGUAACAAUACGCAUUCGAAGUGUGAUACAAAAUUGAUGAAAGUGUAAUACGUUGGUGAUCUCUAGCAGCACUCUGGUGGCCAGCGGCGGUUGGUAGUGGCAUUGAUAGUGUGUGUGACUGUUACAAGGUGACAAUGUGGUGAGUGUGGUAGUGUUUCAAUGAUAAUGUGAACUUCUAAUUUGGUUUUGA